GUCUGCCGGCGGGAAUGGCUGAGCUACUGAGUUUCACGAUCCCUGCUGGUUCUGAAAAGACGCUGUUUGUGUGGGAGCUGAACCCCGGGCCCGGGCCCGAGUCCCUGAAAGUGAGCCGGGCCUGGGGCCGUGGGGAGGAAAGGAAGGAAAGAGGGAGGAAUGAAUGCAGAUAGCUGUCAGACAGCCAGGAACGUGACUAGCUUCUACAUCCGGUCUCCCUCGCUCCCUGUCUCAGUUUCCCCAGCCCUCCGCGUUUCUUCGCCUCAUCUCUGUCCUCUGCUGCCUAUGCUGCUGAUUAGCUGGAAGGGACCGUGGAGACCAGCCUCUUAUUUUACAGCUGUGGAAAUCGAGGCUUCGAGUAAAGGAGACUUGACCAUAGACUGCCGAGUUCGAACUCAGUUCUUGGGCUCUUUCCCCUUUUGUCUUCCUGGUGUUCCUAACCAGAGACACAAAGAAACGUGUUUUUCAAAUUGCUACUCUCUAUUGAGCUUGAUCACCUACUGUGUACCAGGCACAGUGCAACUCACUGGGAAUAGAUAUUGUGUUAAGCACUUAGGUGAAGGAGCAUUGGCGAAGGAGUUAGAAAACCUGGGUUGGGAUCCUGCCUCCUCUGCUUACUGUUUGGGUGACCUUAGAAGUGGAAAAGGGAAGGGGAUAAGCAUUUGUACACAUUCUCUGUUCACAGUAUUCUCCCAAUUUGGCCUUCUCUAUUCAGUACGAGUCUUCCCAAAUGCUCCUGGGGCCACUCCUGGUUUUUAUGCAAUCAUCAAAUUCUAUUCAGCAAGAGAUGCCUGCAGUGCUCAAAAAGCAUGUGACCAGAAACAGCUGUUUCAGAACUCUCCUGUGAAGGUUCGUCUUUGCACCAGACGCAAGAUGCAUCAGUAUCCUAUCCAUCCGCUCAACAGCUUCAAAUGCCAAGAACUGGCUAAUUACUACUUAGGUUUCAAUGGAUGGUCAAAACGAAUCAUCACGUUGCAGAAGCUUUCUGACUUCAAAGUAAAGGAAAACACAAGCCCCAUCAAGUCCUCUGCAAGGCAAAGUCUGAAGUACUUCUGUGCCCUAGAAGUGGUGUUGCCAGCCUACUCAUGUCGAAGUCCUGGUGCUGGCAUUGCAGAAGACUACUUGGAGCAACUAGAAGGUCCAUUAGAGUUUAUUCUGAAAAGGAAAAAAACUCAGAAGCUUGCCAUUCAGAAAGCUUUAUCAGAUGCAUUUCAAAAAUUGCUGAUGGUAGUUUUGGAAAGUGGUAAAGUGGUUGUGGAAUACAGAUCCACUGAAGAAAGAGAUUCUGCAACAGACGAAUUCAAAGAUUUGAUUCAAGUCAAUGAUGUUUCAAGGAAUCAGGCCUACCAAGGGGAAGAAGAGUGCCUCUCCGAUUUCGGCCUGGAGGAAGAGUGAUCAAACUGCAGCCAGACCGCCCGGGCCCCAGCCAGACCCUGGCCCCAGCCGUGAGCAGGGCAGCCCAGGGAAGCCUGUGUUUGGGGCGUUUUGAAGGGGUGAGGGAGAGGGGAGGACUGAAGCCGGCUGGUGCCUCCACUCUCGUAGGGAAUUGGGAGUGUGGAGACUCCCCUGCCGCCGCUGCUCUGAAUGUCUGAUGUGGGACGAGUCACCCAGCUAUCAGCCUUGGGUGCCAAGGGCCCGGCUAUGCGCUGCACUUUGUGGCUGCCAGCUGGGUAACGUCAUCUCCACCCUGCCCUCAUUGAUUAAAUAAAGAAUUAAGGAUUUC